AUGGUAGAGCUGACCCUGAUGGCGGGAGCGAAGGAGGUUAUACAGACCGAUGAAAAGAGAGUGAUCAGAACGCGGGUGCUCCGGGCGAGCGCCCCGGCCCCGGGGACCCGGGCUGCCCCUCCUCCGCGGGACCCCCGGGGGCCGUCCCCUCCGCCAAUGACCGCGGCCGAGCGGCGGCCCGGGGGAGGGCUAAGACCUGCGGGAACGCGCCCUGUCAACUUUGUAGUCCCGUCACCUCCGUCGGUUGGUAGCGGCCGCCGUGGCUUUAAACGGCCGGGGGAUUUCGAACCGGGGAAGGCGGGAGGUCAGGCCGAGGGGCGCCCCCGCCCCACCAGGCCCCGGGCCCCGAGCGCGGCCCCGCGGCUUUGUCUCGGGCGUCGCGCCCCGCACUUCCCCGCGCGCAGCCUCGGCCGCGGCCGGCGCGCCGAACAAAGGCCAUUGUCUCGCUUCCUCCUGCGGCGCCGCGUCCUUCCCGGAAGGGCCCCCUUCCCGGACCGCGCGCUCGCCGCCGCCGCCGCGCCCCGGGGGGCCCCCCCCGAAGCCCCCCCCGGGGGCGGGGCCCGGGCCCCCCCCCCCCGCCGGACCCCGGAGGCGCGGCCGCUCGCCGGGGGCCCCCGAAAGGCGUCCUCCUCGGGGCGUCCUCCCGGGGCGGCCCGCGCCCCUCCCCCGCGCGCCCUCUCCCCCCGCGGCCCGCGGUAA